CACACCUCACACCACAUCAACCGUCAAUUAUCACACCACACACCACACAUCAUCCACCAUCAAAUCACUCCUCCUCCUCCCCCAUCAAACCAGAGAAAAUCACCACCAUGCCGAACCACGUCGUCUUCGAUGUCGUCGGGACCUGCGUCUCCUUCGACGCCUGGUACGAGAUCAUCGACCGCACCCUGGGCCCCAAGCUGCGCGAGCACCACCUGUCCGCCCAGUGCCUCGGCUUCACCUGGAUGACCAACGCCGAGCUGCAGUUCACCUUCCUCUCCAUCUCCGACAGCUACAAGCCCUACAAGAUCGUCCUCACCGAGCUCUUCUACCAGACCCUCUCCAUGAUCGGCGUCGCCGACCCCCACCGCUUCGCCACCCUCGCUGAGCGGGACACCUGCGUCGAGGGCUACUCGCUGCUGGAGCUGCGGGACGGCACGCGCGAGUGCUUCGCCCGGUUCCGCGAGGCCGGCUUCACGGUCUGGUGCCUGACCACGGGGGACACCCAGCGGGUGCGCGGAUACUUCGAGCGGGCGGGGGUGGACAUGCCGCUGGAGAACUUCCUCAGCUGCGACGAUGCGGGCGUGGCCAAACCCGCCCUGGCCGCCUACCGCCCGGCGCUGGCCCGGCUGGGCGACGAGGGCCAGAAGUGGUUCGCGGCGGCGCACCUGUGGGACGUCGCGGCCGCCACCAAGGCGGGCUUCCGGGGCGCGUACUGCUCCAUCUACGAGAAGGCGCCCGCAUUCCAGGUCUACGACGCCGCCCUCGAGGUGACGGCCGACACGUUGCCCGACAUGGCCGAGCGGGUCAUCGCCGCGUCUAAGCAAUGA